GAGAUUUUUAAGGCUAUAAGCCCGUGCGGAGGAGCCCGGGCAGCCCCUUUCGGCUUCCGCCUGGCCAAGAUGGCGCCCAAGGCGAAGAAGGAGGCUGUGCCUCCGAAGACAGAGGCGAAGGCGAAGGCGCUGAAGGCCAAGAAGGCCGUCCUGAAGGGGGUCCACAGUCACAAGAAGAAGAAGAUCCGCACAUCACCCACCUUCCGCAGGCCCAAGACCCUGCGGCUGCGGCGGCAGCCCAAGUACCCCCGGAAGAGCGCCCCACGGAGAAACAAGCUGGACCAUUAUGCUAUUAUCAAGUUCCCUCUGACCACAGAGUCUGCCAUGAAGAAGAUAGAGGAUAACAACACUCUGGUUUUCAUCGUGGACGUCAAGGCAAACAAGCACCAGAUCAAACAGGCUGUCAAGAAGCUUUAUGAUAUUGAUGUGGCCAAGGUCAACACGUUGAUUAGGCCUGAUGGAGAGAAGAAGGCUUAUGUCCGGCUGGCUCCAGAUUAUGAUGCGCUGGAUGUGGCCAACAAGAUUGGAAUCAUCUAAACUGCAUCUACCGAGGACUGUACAGACAGGAGAAUAAACCCUUGUGACACCAC